AUGAGAGGUUCUUACCGAAACUACACUCCAGAGCAAAUUGAAAAGCUUUUUGAUUUAGUUAUUGAGGAGAAUUAUACAGCCAAGGAUGCGACUUUAGUGACUGGGAUAAAUGUUUGUACAGCUCAAAACUAUAUCAAAACAUACAACAAUGAUAUACAGAGACGACUUCCAGGCACAUAUGAUAAGCCCCGUGAGAGACCUCAUAGUGAGCUAACUAACGAGUAUUCAAAGUUUCUUCUAGACCAUAUCGAAAAGAAUCCUACCGCUACAUUAGAUGAGCUAAAAGUUAUGGUUUGUGAAGAGUUUGAAGGCUUGAAAAUCCCAAUUUUGGCUAUAUAUAGGCAUUUGGUGAGCAAUUGUCAUUUUAUCUUGAAAAAAUCGAAAAAAUUACAGCAGCAAGAAAUUCUGAUAGAGUAA